UCUUAAUCAAAUAACAUAAAGCGUAUAGGCCUAACUAUAAUGUGCAUAAGCUAGCUUAAGCCAGCGUAAGCAACUGUCCGAAUACACACAAAUUGUAUGUUGCAACUAUAAUGUACUUUACAUCAAGUUUCGUUAAGUUUUUCCAAAUGUCAUUUGCUUAAGCAAAGUGCGAAACUGAUCGCACUUUCCGUACGGAAUCAGCUGUUUUCGCUUUUUGUCAACUGAUACAUCAUUUUGAAUUUGAAAACGAAAAGGAAGAAGAGUGUUUUGUCAACAGAUAAAAUCAUUGUAUAUUUGAAUAUGGAGGACGACGAGUGUUUUAUACAAAAUUUAAUAGAGAGUGUGGAAAAAUAUAAAUGUUUGUACGAGAAAAAAAAUGCCUUUUAUUUCAAUCGCGUAAAUAAAGACAAAGCGUGGAAAGCAAUCGCAGAACUAUGCGGUAAAAGUGAUCUAGAAUGCAAACAUAGAUGGAAGCUACUCCGGGAGCGCUUCUGUAAAGAAAUAAAAAGGUUAGAAGCUCCAUCAGGUAGCGGAAUGAGCUACUUAGAGGAAUGGCGUUUUUUAAAACCCAUGAUGUUUCUAAAAGACUCCGUCACACCGCGUCGCACUCGUGAUAAUGCAGAAGCAAAUGCAGACUCUAUCUUGGAUUCAUCUACGUGUGAUAGUGUAAAUGAAAUUUCAUCGCCACCUCCGAAGAAACAAAAAAGUCUCUCCCUUGAAAGUCUCUACCAGAAACUUGGCGCAACAAUGGAGAACAUAGAAAAGCAGAUAGCGGCGCCGGCUGAAAGAAGUGAAACUGAUGAGGCCUUUAUGACGACGGUUUUGUGUCUGAUGCAAGACCUGCCAGUGUCGGUCAAAGACAGUUUCCAAGAAAAAAUGAUAUCAGAAUUAUAUCGCUUACGCCGCGAAAAUAGGCAAAAAUGAGAUUGAAAAGAAUUCAACAUGAUUUCCUUAUAUUUUAAAACGCUUGGAGCACUGAUUUUUUUUAGUAUAUUUUAUAUUUAUAAUAACAAAAAUAUUUAUUAUAAAAAGAUGCAUAAAAUGCAUGUACCUGAACUCUUUUGAGUAAU